GAGUGGGCGGAGCCACUGAGCUUCGAGCCGUCCAGCGAACCGUCUGUUUUCUUUUACGUCCGCCGAGCACACAUAAUAACACGGUUCCGUGGGGUUGGGGUUCAUUCGACUUUGUUCGUUCAAAGAAGAAACUAUAACCAUGAGUGGAAGGGGCAAGGGUGGCAAGGGACUCGGCAAAGGAGGCGCCAAGCGUCACCGUAAAGUUCUCCGUGAUAACAUCCAGGGCAUCACCAAACCCGCCAUCCGCCGUCUGGCUCGCCGUGGCGGAGUGAAGCGUAUCUCCGGUCUGAUCUACGAGGAGACCCGUGGAGUGCUGAAGGUGUUCCUGGAGAACGUCAUCCGCGACGCCGUCACCUACACUGAGCACGCCAAGAGGAAGACUGUGACCGCCAUGGAUGUGGUGUACGCUCUGAAGAGGCAGGGCCGCACUCUGUACGGCUUCGGCGGUUAAACUCAUUCACCCUGAUCCAUCAAACGGCUCUUUUAAGAGCCACACACUUCACUGUAAGAGCUUUGUUCUGCGGUGUUUUGUCUUGCUUUGGAGAAAAGUUCUGGAAGUAGUUCAACACGUGACAGGAUCUUCCCCA